AUGAUCUCUUAUUAUGUAGGAUAUAAUACUGAAUGGGCAAAAAUUUUAUUGCCUCAAUUACUUCCUAAAAAUUAUUCUCCUUCAAAUUUUCCUAAGAUCAUUUUGUUAACAAUCUUUUUUGGUGCAAAUGAUGCUGCUAUAGAAUCAUCUAUUCAGCAUGUUAAUAUUGAUAAAUACAAAGACAAUCUUAUUCAUCUGGUAAAUUUAAUUAAAAACCCUGAUUCUUCUUAUUAUAAUCCGGAAACAAAAAUUCUACUUAUUACUCCUCCACCUUUGGAUGAAAAAUUUUGGGAAGAAACUUGCGUUUCCAAGGGUGAAGAGCUGAAUAGAAAAGCUAUUAUUACUAAAAAAUAUGCUGAAAUUUGUGUUGAAACUGCUUUGGAAUUAAAUGUUCCUGUUGUAAAUUUAUGGAAAAUUAUAAAUGAUCAUGUGACGUUAAAGGAUUAUUUAACAGAUGGUUUACAUUUAAAUUCUCUUGGAAAUAAGACUUUAUAUAUUGCGGUUAUGGAUGCUAUUAAAAAUAAUUGGCCAGACCUGGUUCCCGAAAAUAUUAAGGAUAUCUUUCCUCUUUGGAGAGACGUUAACGCUAAAGAUCCAGUUUCAUCUUUGAAACUUGAAGAUUUCGUACCUUAUCAACUUUAA